UCUACUGAAAUGUCGUGACAGAGUCAAAAGAACGAAGACGAGGCAUUUGAACGAAAAGUGGAAACAGGAUGCUUUGUAUGUCAAGUGCAGGAUAAGUCUGCUCGAGCAGGGUUAGGACUUUGGUGACAGUUCGGUAUACGUCGAGCAAGAUAUGCAAGGAACGAAAGGUGUCCAUUCACGAAAACGAGGAACUCAGAUCCACAAUGGACAUCAAAUUAUCAACGACUACCAUUUUGGGAAACAGGAUUUCGACUUUGUUCGAGACAAGCAUGGUUCAGAGUAGUAGCCCUUGGGAGCACGCAGGGAGAGACUGCUGCAGCCCGAGAACGGUCAAGAGCUUUCCUACGGCAGCAAGUGUUGCAGCGAUGGGCAAAACCUAGUGAGUCACUCGAAGAAAUUCUGUGCUGAAUGUAAUGAUAAGCCAAAUCUGGUAUCUGCAAAGACAAACAAGACUCUCGCCUCCAGUGAAGCAAAUGGAACGCGUCAGAUCAACGCGUUGCGCGGCAGCCGAAGCUGUUGGAGCAGAUCAGGGCCUGCUUGGAACAGACCUCCACUCAGAUAACCCAACUGUCUUGAUACACGGAGCUGCAAAAUGAAGAGUCCCAGAUCAACAAUGUAUCGAGAGCUCGGGAGCACGAGAAACCCUCUGCCAUAUACGGAGCGUCUGGAGCACGGCCGAAUGCGCUGAUCUGACGGGAAAAAAAAACGAGAAAAGAGAGGGCUUCGAGCCACUGUCGACCGUCGACCGGACGAUCUGGUGUAGGGACCACAGACGAGCGAUCACUGACUUUCAUGAAGCACCACGACCCACGACAAUCACUUCUCAAGACUCGCGAGUACAGUUCCCACAUGCAAAGCAUGAUUCUGCGCCACCCGCAAAUAUCGGCCCCCGAGAUUCUCUCUGGCGAUCAUCGACGACCAAAGAUCUCCUCGAAGCCUCCCCUCGGAACGCAGCCGACAGAAUUCCACACCUUGCGAUCCACUCGCGUUUGUUCUCAUCCGCAGCUCGCCAGCCUUCCGAAACCUCGAGUCCUCCUCUCGUCCGUGCUAUCCAUCCCACUGGCCAGCCUCAAACAGUAUCUGCUGCUGCUGAGCUCUCAGUGUUCGGGCAACGACAUCGGACCGACUGACAGGACAUCGAUCGAUGUAGGUCGAAGGCACAGAAGGACUCAGGAUAAGCGGAAUUUGCCGCUCGAUUCGCAUGCGCAGGAGAGGACGAGCGCUCGAUGAUGCAGUGAACGCUGCCAUGCGCGUCCGAUCGUCGAUUCAGCCUCGACGAGCCCGGCAGUCGGAGACAGGGGACAGGGAUCGUCCGGGGACGAGGCCGUCUCGGACGGAGAGAUCGCCAACAUAGACUCGCCCGGAAAUUGCCAUCAUAGAGAAGGGAGGCGAGCGGGGUCGGAGGGCAGCGGGGGCGGGUUCCUGAUGGGGGACGACAAGAAUGCCAACAUGUCGAUCUCGCCCGAGAGGCGAGUGGUGGGGGAUCGCGAGCUGCUGAUGCAGGGGCACGUCGACGACGUGGAGGACCCUCUGAAGGCCGGGCCGCCCCAGACGUCGAGCUACAACGCCGGGCGCGAGGCGUUCAUCGCCGUUUUCCAGAGCUGGGCGUCGAAGAAGUUCAUGAGCGGCUGCGUGAUUCUGUUCCCGAUCGCCAUCACCUUCUACGUGACCUGGUGGUUCAUCGCCUUCUUCGAUGGCUUCUUCCGGCCCGUGUACAAGGCCAUGGGCGUGCACGUCUUCGGCGUGGGGUUCGUCACCUCCAUCAUCUUCAUCUUCCUGGUCGGAGUCUUCGUUUCUUCCUGGACAGGCUCGUCCGUCCUGUGGAUGGGCGAGUGGUUCAUCAAGCGCAUGCCCCUCGUCAAGCACAUCUACUCCGCCUCCAAGCAGAUUAGCGCCGCCAUCUCCCCCGAUCAGAACACCCAGGCCUUCAAGGAGGUGGCCAUCAUCCGACAUCCCCGCGUGGGCGAGUACGCCAUCGGGUUCAUCACCUCGACCCUCAUCUUGCAGAACGAGGACGGAGACGAGGAAUUGUGCAGCGUUUACGUGCCCACCAACCAUCUCUACAUCGGCGACAUUUACAUGGUCAGCUCCAAGGAUGUCAUUCGGCCGAAUUUGUCCGUUCGAGAAGGGAUCGAGAUUGUGGUGUCCGGGGGCAUGUCCAUGCCUCAGGUGAUCACGCCCAUCGACAGGAGGGGGAUUUCAAAUGAUAGAAGCACCGUGCUGGACCCCAGAUAAGCGGCAGCUGCACACGAUGUGUUUACAAGUCGAUGCUGUUCGGAGGUCCUCAUCGGACUAGCCGUGUUGCCCCUCCUCCGAAUGUUUACGACAUCUUACAGCGGAGUCACGAUGCUCUGUCGCAGGGGAGGGACAUCGAUGAGUACACUCAUCGGUGAGAAUAGAACUGCUAGUGGCUAAUAGAAUCAUCAUAUGCCAGUUUUGAUUUCUUGUAUAUCAAUUACUCAAUUCACCAAAUUCCCAUCGCAAUUGUCGAUAGCUACUCUGAGUGUUGAGGACCCCGUGUAUGGACUUCGCGGUAUCGCUUAUUGCCCUUUUGAAGAAUAUGUUCUUCUCGCGGACCCUGUGACAUACCUUCCUUCGUGACCGCUCGAAAUCUCAUAAAAGUCUACCUCAAUGUCUUGCCUGUACGCCCAGAAAUCCUAGUCUCAGAGAGUUAUGCGCAAUCGCAGUCCAGUCGAUCCUUGGAACACAGUGCACAGACGUUUGUACAAAUCUAAAUCUAUAUCUCGGCACUGGAUUUUGGACAUUUUCUUCAAA